AUGUAUUUAUUAAUUUUAAGUAUAUUGUAAUUUGUCAUAGUUGUUUCAGCAUAAGAAACAAAUAAUGCUGAAUAAUAGAUUGUUGAUUAUUGUGAUGCAGUCGCUAAAGACACAUCUUUUAAGGUUAAUUUAACAAUUUCAGAUAUUGACAAUAAAAAUUAUUGUGUUGAAGGUGAAUCUCGUGUAGCUUUAUUUGAUACAAUCGAAUAAGAAAAUUAAUAUGUAUAUUUAUCUGAACAUUAUUGUGCCAACUUAUAACAUUAUCCAAUUACUUGUGAACAAUAUUAUCAUGCUUCAGAAUAUGAUUAAAAAGUAAAGAUUUAAAAUUGAAUCAAUUAGGCCAAAGCCAAUUAUAAAAAACUAUAUGAAGAUUAUAAAGCAACUGGAAUACCUAACUCUGAUUGUUUAGGUAUUGCAAGAUUUGUUUUCUGUGCUGAAUAAUUUAAAUAUUGUAAUACAGAUGAUGGAAAUACAGAUUAUGAAAUUUGUAGUUUCUUAUGUGUUAUUUGGUAAAAUAGAUGUCCUGAUUAUGGUGAUAUAUAUGAUCGUGUUUGUGCUAAUGGAGGAGGAGAAGAUGGAAGAUGCAGUUAUACAAUUAACAAUACUUUUCUAUUGUGUCUUAUAUUAUUUUUAUUAUAUUGA